AUGGAUGAUCGGACUGUGGAUACGAUUUUUCAAGGAAGUUUGGAAAACUUGCCGCCAGUUAGCUCCAAAAUUGUCAGAAUUUUCACAAGUUCAACAUUUACAGACACGUUAAUGGAACGCAAUAAUUUGAUGUCAAAAUGCUAUCCAAGAAUCAAGGAAUAUUGCAGAGAGAAGCAUGGAUUGGAGUUUCAGGUUGUAGACAUGCGAUGGGGUAUUCGUGAUGAAGCAACAGACGAUCAUAUGACGACUGAACUUUGUAUGAGGGAAAUUAAAAAUUGUCAAAGAUUGAGUAUGGGACCGAAUUUCAUCACAUUUUUGGGACAAAAGUAUGGUUAUCGACCUAUUCCAACAUACAUUCCGUCUGCAGAGUUGCAGCUAAUAAGAGAUGAUCUAGAUGCUUCUGGAGUUGAUGUUACCUUGCUUGAUCUGUGGUACAAAAAAGAUUCCAACUGCGUUCCACCAGUUUCUAUCCUUCAACCAAUAUCUUCAAUUUUAAUCAACUUUAUCAACAAAAGAGUUCCGAAAUUACAAGCAGAAGAUCAGGCAAUUUGGUGGGAUACUUUGACUAAAAUGCAAAAGCUUUUGAGAAAAGGUUCAAUGUCAUUAUUUCAACAAGGAAAGAUAGACAAAGACACAAUGCAUAAUUACUUCAUGUCUGUCACAGAACGUGAGAUUAUUAAUGGGCUAUUGAGUGUCAAAAACACAAAGAAUCACUGCUUGGGCUACGUCCGAUACAUCAACAACAUUAAUCUUCAGAAUCUCAAGAAAGCUUCAAACUUUGUCGACAUCAUCAAUAGAUCCCUUGACACGGAAGCAGCAAAAUAUCUUUCGGAUCUACGUGAUGUUCGCUUGCCAGCAAGACUUGAGGAAUCAAACUUUCAAAGAUAUACAAUUGAAUGGAUUGGCAAGGAAGGAAUUGAUGUUGAGACACAUGAGGAAUAUUUGAAUCAUUUUAUUGGACAUUUCUACAAAAAUAUGGUAAAGCUAAUUGAUCGAGCUAUGAGAAAGGAAGAUUCAUCACCACAAGGACAGAUUGUGACUGAAAUUUUGCAGCAUCUUCAUGCCUGCAAUAAUUCUGUCAAAAUAUUCUAUGGACGUGAAGAUACAUUGAAGCUAAUUGAGAACUAUAUGUCAGGUCCAUCAGAUAAGCCACUUGUCCUUUACGGUGAAGGUGGUUGUGGCAAGACAAGUAUGUUGUCUAAAGCAGCAGCAUUAACAAUGGAAGUUUGGUUUAGUGACUGUAAACCUAUUAAUAUAAUUCGAUUCCUUGGAACCACACCAGAUUCUAGUGCACUUACUCCAACCUUAGUCAGCAUAUGUCAACAAAUAUCUUACAACUUUAUGAUUCCAUUUGACACAAUUCCAGAUGAUUUAGUUCCACUGACUGCACAUUUUAAGCAACUUUUGACUUAUGCAAAUAAGAAUCAGCCUUUAUGUCUGUAUUUAGAUUCUGUAGAUCAGUUGACAGGCACACAAGAUUCUAGUAAAGUGUCCUGGCUACCAACACGACUUCCACCUUACUGUAAAAUCAUCGUCUCAUGUGCAAAUGAGGAAGCAAAUCCAGAAGUGUCACAAGAAUAUCACUUACUGAGACGAAUGAUUGAUGCACCAGAAAAUUUCAUAGAAAUUACAGCACUCGGUGAGGAAUUGGCAAUGAAUGUCAUUAAAAUGUGGAUGGAAACGGCAUGUCGUGACUUGACAAACUUCCAAUGGCGCUUAGUAUCAAAUGCAAUUGCAAAAUGCUCACUUCCGAUUUUCGUCAAAUUAGUCUUUGCUGAAAUUUGUCGUUGGAGGAGCUUCACAAAGCCACAGGAUACGCACUUAGCAUCGAAUGUUAUGGACAGUAUUUUUCUACUUUUUGAGAGAGUUGAAAAGCAACACGGAAGACUGCUUGUAUUUCAUGGCUUAGCUUAUAUUACAGCCUCUAAAUCUGGACUAUCAGAGAGUGAACUUGAAGACUUGAUUUCGUUAGAUGAUAAGGUUUUGGAUGAUGUUUAUCAGUACCAUUUGCCGCCGGUUAGGCGAAUUCCACCUUUGUUGUGGACGAGAAUAAGAAAUGAUUUACCAAACUACUUAAGUGAACGCGAAGCUGAUGGCGUUAAUGUUAUGAAUUGGUACCACAGACAGUUCCGUGACACGGCAAAAGAGCGAUACUUUAAAAAUAAAAAUAUGGCAAUUUAUUUCCACUCAAUGAUUGCCGAUUAUUACCUUGGCAUUUGGGGUGGUGGACGUGCAAAGCCAUUUAAAUACACGGAAAUUCAAAGGCAUCGAUUUAAUUUGACUGACAAGGAAGGCAUUGCGGAUAGAAAAGUUCCUGAUCAACCGCUCGUCUUCUACAAUAAGGAAGGAAAAGUUUGUCGAUAUAAUUUGAGAAAGUUUGGUGAACUUCCAUUUCAUUUGGUGCGAUCGAGGAGAUUCACCGACUUGUAUAAGAACGUCCUGUUUAAUUACGAUUGGUUACAUGCAAAACUGUCCUGUUGUCCUCUUCAAGCAGUCUUAGCUGACUUUGAAGACGCCUCCAUGAAUGUUGAAGAAGCAGAUGCCAAACGUGAAUUAAAUUUGGUUGCAGACGCUCUCAGACUUGGCGGUGCUAUCCUUACGAAUCCGGAUAUGUUAGCAUCGCAAUUGAUUGGUCGAUUGCUUCCUGAAAUUGGUGGAAAUCCAAAUAUUAAGAUGUUGCUUGAGGCUUGUGAUGGAAGUGGACCGAAACAUAGUGCAUUGAUUCCUAUUAAUCAUUGCUUGCAUACACCCGGUGGGCCAUUGAAAUAUUCACUUGAAGGACAUCAAUUUGCAGUCUUUGGAUUUUGUUUAACUACUGACAUGCGCUAUAUGGUUUCAAUAUCCACACGAUUUAUUACAUGGGAUUUAGGAACGUCAGAUUUAACACGCGAUGUCAAUCCAGGAAUUGAAGGAAUAAUGCAACAAUUGGUGCUUAGCAAAGACAACAAGUGGGCUGGUGCCUAUACAAAUAAUAGUCAAUGUGUCUUAUUAAACAUGCUGUCAAGUGAAUUUAACAUCAUUAAUAAUCCAUUUGACGAAAAUGAUGAAGUCCAUGGCGUUUACUUACUUAAUCAGGCAUUCUUUAUUUACUCAAAAUUGAAAUUUGUUAGAUAUGACAUGCGGGCACAGCUGCAAGAGACUUACGAGUUUACUGAUCUGAAUGGAGCUGAAUGGGAGUUGCUAAGUAUGGAAUUUUCAAGUUUUAAUGAAUUUAUCGCGAUCUUUUGGUCUGGAUCGAUUAGUGAUACUCGGUUGAGGAUGCAUACUGCUAAGCAGGGCAUCAACACAGACCCUGUACUCUUCCACUCAGCAUGUGCUAUGAAUAAAGAUCGCAACGUCAUGUAUUGCUGUAUGAAUCAAGACACUUAUCAAGUUUCAAAGCUGAUGUUCACAGUUAAUGAUGAAGUCGGUGAAGCUGAAUGGAAAUUAAUUGAGGAACUUCCACGAUAUGAUAAUGAUGAGAAGGAAAUGCUUAUUCAGCUUAAGCUUGAUCAAAUUGAUGGUCGCUGGUUGAUGGGAACUGCUGCAAAUGGCUUUGUCUUGUGGGACUAUUCUGAGGAAAAUCCAAUUCAUCCUGGCGAGGCGAUUUACUUAGCAUUGCCGCAUGGGGUUAGAAAUAUUUCUACUAAGAUGAUGCAGAGUAAUUCGAUUAUGAUAAGUUCGAAGGUUGAUUAUGCUGUGGCUGGUGUUAGGAAGAAUUUGUAUGUUUGGAGCUUAGAAAACAAGCAACUCAUGAAAGUCCUCGACGCACAUUUUGGAAGGAUUAUGCAGCUAAAUUCGCUGACCGUAGGCAACUGGAAUUGCUGUGUUACUUCAUCGAUUGAUCGUUCUGUCAAAGUCUGGAAUAUCAACAAUAUAUUUGAACAAGUCCAUGUCAUUGAUCGUCUAGAGCUUCAAAUUGAUAACAUAAGCUUGUCCAAUGAUGGUGAAAUUGCUUGCACAGUUACACGUAGUUGUGUUGGCGUAUGGGGGAUAUUAGAGAAUAGAUUGCUCUCAAAACUAGCUGACUCACCCUUAGGAGCUAUCGUUACUCACGCUGAAAUCACACCAAAUGGUAAAUACAUUGUGUCAUCAGAAACUGGAAAAUUGAUCAUUUGGAACCGAAUAACAGAGCAAGUGUUAUUUAAAGAUGACCAACCAGGCAUCCAACAAAUAACUUUACUUGAAGAAGGUGAAAAGGUCUUGACAGUCUCUUGCAAGGAAUUCAAUUCGGCAAAUCAGCUUGGAAAUGAUGAGCAGAGAUUGACGGCUAAGGCUAUAGUUCGUAGCAUUCCUGAUGGUGAUACUUUGUAUAAGUUUGAGUUUGGAAUCAAGUCAAUUCCUGGCAUUCCAUUCAGACAAACUCACGUGUCAGCUGAUGGACAGUACAUUAUAGCAACAUCGGUUGAUAAAAAUGGAAAGGAUGCACUAUCCAUUUAUAAUGCCGAAAAUGGCGCACACAUUCACAAAGUCUCACUUCGUAGCUGCGGCAUCAAGGAAAAUGUCUUGAAAGUUAUAUCGUUGCCUCACAAAGCGACUCAAGUUGCCGUGAUAACAAGUGAGAAGGGAAGCAUCAUUGACAUUAAGUCGAAGAAGUACAUUCGAUCUGUUCCCAAGUGGGAUGGAAGUUGCACUAAAGAUGGGAAGUUUGGAUUGUAUGCUCCGGCUAGAGGCGGUCUCGAUCUCCUCGAACUAAAGAAAGGAACAACAGUUAAAACCUUCAUUCCGAAGGUAGCAGAAGGUGUCUUUACAGUCAUCUGCAUGUUUACUGACAACGAUGAGUAUGUCCUCUAUUAUCACAGCGGUAGGAAGGCACUUCGUGUAUUCCGUACCAGUGACAGUGAAAUGAUUGCAAACUAUAAGAUGCAGGCUGAAUUGACAUCUAUUAAGAGCUCAAAGGAUGGAAAAUGUUUGGUCUUGGGAACUAUUGAUGGAUGCUUGUCAGUGUUCUGUAUUGCUGACUUGCAGAAGCCGGAAACGAAGGAAUAUUUGCAGCAGUUGCCGUCGAGGGAUGUCAAUUGGAAGAAGAAGCUAGCAAGAAUGAAGGCUAACCAAAGAUUCCGAGCAGCUUUCCUCACGAUCACACUAGUCUCAAAAUUCAGCAGUCUCCACGCAAAUUCAGAAAAUAAUGACAAGCAAAAAGCACAAGAAGCAACUUAAAUAACAUUUAUUAGUCCUGUAUACCUGUUGAGCUGUUGUUUAAAAGUCAAAAACUAAUAAAUUAUUCUAUUUUAUUCAACACAAACCAAGAGAUUGAUAGACUUGUCUAGUCUCGUGAUUUAGUUUGUUGACCCUCUUUAUUUUUCAGUCUGAGUCGACAACAUUGUUGACUGACAACGGAGGAAUUUUGAUUGAAAAUAGCUUUCCAAUUGUUGCAUAUUUUUUUUCGGUGGCAAUUUGCAUG